CUGUCAGAAGUGAAUGGGUUAAGCUUCAGCUCAGCCACCCUUUUCCUAAUUUGGUUCUUCCUGUGGUUUCCCCUGCCAAAAAGGAAGCAAUCCUUUCAGUCCUGUGGAGUGUUAGUGCUGCUGUCGUAUCCACUGGUUAAAGAACCCUCUCGUUUGUGCAUACCCUUUGGAACUUCUGACUGAAUCCUCAAAAUUUUUCUUCUCCUGGUAGCUAAAGAUAUUUUAGAGAAGAGUUAAUCUUUAAGUUCUCCAAUUAAACAUUUUCUAGCAAGAAGAGCCAUGAAGAUAGCGCUCUCCAUCUGCUGCUUUCUGUGCCUUCUGCCAUUCAGCUUUAGUGCCACUAGAAGAUACUAUCUGGGUGCUGUGGAACUGUGCUGGGACUAUCUGCAAAGUGACCUACUCAGUCAGCUGCAUGUGGAGACAAGAUUCCCUACAACAAUGCCAAGAGCUUUUCCAUUCAACACCUCAGUCAUGUACAGAAAAUCAGUGUUUGUAGAGUUCACGGAUCACCUUUUCAACGUUGCCAAGCCCAGGCCACCGUGGAUGGGUCUGCUGGGUCCUACCAUCUGGGCUGAGGUUUAUGACACAGUGGUCAUUACACUUAAGAACAUGGCUUCUCAUCCGGUCAGUCUUCAUGGUGUUGGUGUAUCUUACUGGAAAGCAUCUGAGGGAGCUGAAUAUGAUGAUCAGACCAGCCAAAGAGAAAAGGCUGAUGAUAAAGUCUUUCCUGGUGAGAGCCAUACUUAUGUCUGGCACGUCUCAGCAGAGAGUGGGCCAGUGAACUCUGAUCCCCAAUGUCUCACCUACUCAUACUUUUCUCAUGUGGAUCUGGUGAAAGACCUGAAUUCGGGGCUCAUUGGAGCACUACUGGUAUGCAAAGAAGGGAGUCUGACCAAAGAAAGGACACAGAACAUGCAUCAAUUCGUGCUACUUUUUGCUGUAUUUGAUGAAGGGAAGAGUUGGCACUCAGAAACAAAGGGCCCGAUGCCACAGGCUUCAGAUUCUGCAUCCGCUGGCACCUGGCCUAAGAUGCACACAAUCAAUGGCUAUGUGAACAGGUCCCUGCCAGGUCUGCUUGGGUGCCACAGAAAAUUCGUCUACUGGCAUGUGAUUGGAGUGGGCACGACCCCUGAAGUACAUUCAAUAUUCUUUGAAGGUCACACAUUUCUUGUGAGAAACCAUCGCCAGGCCUCCCUGGAGAUAUCACCAAUAACUUUUCUGACUGCUCAGACACUGUUGAUGGACCUUGGACAGUUUUUACUGUUUUGCCAUAUAUCUUCCCACCAACAUGCUGGCAUGGAAGCUUAUGUAAAAGUGGACAGCUGUGUGGAGGAGCCCCAACUACGGAUGAAAAAGGAAGAAGAGGAGGAAGGCUAUGAUUAUGAUGAUGAUCUUGAUUCUGAAAUGGAUGUGGUUAGGUUUGAUGAUGACCACUCUCCCUUCAUGCACCUUCGCUCUGCUGCCAAGAAACACCCUAAAACGUGGAUACAUUAUAUUGCUGCUGAGGAACAGGACUGGGACUAUGCCCCUUCAGUCCACACCACUGAUGACAGAAGUUAUAAAAGUCAGUAUUUAAACAAUGGUCCUGAGCGAAUUGGUAGGAAGUAUAAAAAAGUCCAAUUUGUGGCAUACACAAACGAGACCUUUAAGACCCGGGAAAUUAGACAAUAUGAAUCAGGAAUUCUGGGACCUCUACUUUAUGGUGAAGUUGGAGACACACUGUUGAUUAUAUUUAAGAAUCAUGCCAGCAGACCUUAUAACAUCUACCCUCAUGGAAUAACAGAUGUCAGUCCUUUGCACUCAAGAAGAUUGCCAAAAGGUGUAAAACAUUUGAAGGACUUGCCAAUUCUGCCAGGAGAAAUAUUCAAGUAUAAAUGGACAGUGACUGUAGAAGAUGGGCCAACUAAAUCAGACCCUCGGUGCUUAACCAGAUAUUACUCCAGUUUCCUUAAUCUGGAGCGAGACCUAGCUUCAGGACUUAUUGGCCCUCUACUCAUCUGUUACAAAGAAUCUGUAGAUCAAAGAGGAAACCAGAUGAUGUCAGACAAGAGAAAUGUCAUCCUGUUUUCUAUAUUUGAUGAGAACCGAAGCUGGUACCUCACAGAAAAUAUGCAGCGCUUCCUCCCGAAUGCCUCUGGAGUACAGGCCCAGGAUGCAGAGUUCCAAGCCUCGAACAUAAUGUACAGCAUCAAUGGUUAUGUGUUUGAUAGUUUGCAGUUGUCUGUUUGUUUGCAUGAGGUGGCAUACUGGUAUAUUCUAAGUGUUGGAGCCCAGACUGACUUCUUGUCUGUCUUCUUCUCUGGAUAUACCUUCAAACACAAAAUGGUCUACGAAGACACACUUACCCUCUUUCCAUUCUCGGGGGAAACUGUCUUCAUGUCGAUGGAAAACCCAGGUCUAUGGGUUCUAGGGUGCCACAACUCAGACUUUCGGAACAGAGGCAUGACAGCCUUACUGAAGGUUUCUAGCUGUGGCAGGAGCACUGGUGACGAUUACGAGGACACAUACGAAGAUAUUCCAACAUACUUAAUGAGUGAAAACCAUAUUGUUGAACCCAGAAGCUUCUCCCAAAAUUCAAGGCACCCUAGCACUAGACAAAAGCAAUUCACAGCUACCACAAUUCCAGAAAAUGACCCAGAGAAGACUGAUCCUCAGUUUGAGGAGAGAACAGGGAUAGAUGAAGGACACAGUGUCUUCUCCAGUGAUUUGUCAAUGCUGUUGGGACAGAGUCCAACUCCACAUGGGUUGCACUUAUCUUAUCUCCCAAAAGCCACAUAUAAAGCUCUUCCUGGUGAUCAUUUAUCUGGCGCAAUAGACAGUAAUGAAGGCCCAUCUAAAGUGGUAAAGUUCAAGCCAGAGGUAUAUCAAAGUGGAGACACAGUGUUUACUACUGAACCAAGCCUUCAAUUAAGAUUGAAUGAGAACUGGGGCACAGCUAUACCAGUAGAGUUGAAGAAACUUGAUUUAAAAGUUUCUAGUUUACCUAAUAAUUUAAUGGUUUCACCAACAAUUGUGUCAGACAACUUGGCAGCAGGUCCUGGAGAACCAAGUUCCUUAAAACCCCCAAAUAUUCCAGUUAAUGGUCAACUGAGCACCAGUGUAUUUGGCAAAAAAUCAUUUCCACCAAUUGGAUCUGGUAGUGAGAGAAAUACUCCACAAAGUUCCCUGGGAAAGAGUAUGUUAUCAGUGGAGAGUGAUACAUCACUGAAAGUGAAAAUUGCUCAUGGACCCACUUUGUUGACCAAAGACAAUGCAUUAUUCAAAGUUAAUAUCUCUUUGAUAAAGACAAAUAAAACAUCUAAUUAUUCAGUAACUGAUAGAAAAACUCACAUUGAUAGACCAACAUUACUAAUUGAGAAUACUACAUCAGUCUGGCAAGAUACUAUAUUAGAAAGAGAUGCUGAGUUUCAAAAAAUGAUGUCAUUAAUGAAUGAUGAAGUACUUAUGGACAAAAAUACUACAGCUCUGAAGCUAAAUCAUAUGGCAAAUAAAACUACUUCAUCAAAAAAUGUGAAAAUAGUUGCUGAAAAACAAGCAGAUCUUGUACCAUCAGAUGACAAAAACCCAGAUAUGUUAUUUUUCAAGAUGUUAUUCUUGCCAAAGUCAACAAAUUGGAAAAACCAGACCAAUGGAAAGAAUUUCCUAAACUCUAGGCAAGAGCCUCAUCCAAAGCAGUUAUCCUUAGGAUCAGGAAAUUCUAGAGAAGAUAAGAAUUUCUUAUCAGACAAGAAUAAAGUUGUAGUAGAAGAGGAUGCAUUUACAAAGGACACAGGACUCAAAGAACUCAUACCAAACAGUAGGAGCACAGUUCUUUCUAACAUGGCUAAUGUAAAAGAAAAUGAUACACACAAUCAAGAAAAACCAAUUCAGGAUGCAACAAAAAGGAAGGAAGUAUUAGCGCAAGAGAACGUAGUUUUGUCUCAGGUGUACAGAGUGACUGGCACUAAGAGUUUCCUGAAGAAAUUUUUCUUACUGAACAUUAGACAAAACAUAAGUUUAGAUGAGGGUACAGAUGCACCAACACUUCUGGACACCAAAUUGUUAAAUGAUUCAACAAACAGGGCAAAGACUCACAUGGUUCAUCUCUCAAAAAGAAGGGAAGAAGAGGAAAUGCACCAAGAAAGCUUGGGAAAUCAAACCAAACAAAUGGUUGGCCAGUAUCUAAGCACCAUAGAGAUAUUUGCUAACCCAAGCCAGAACAACAUCACUGCCCAACGUGGUAAGCGUUCUUUGAAACAAUUCAGAUUCCCACUAGAAGGAACUGAGGUUGAAAAGGGGUUAACUGUGGAUGAUACUUCAACACAAAUGUACAAAAACAUUAAAGAUUUGACCCAGACAGAUUACAAGGAUAAAGGAGGAAAGGCCAUUAUUCAGUCUCCUUUAAUAAAGUCUCCUGUGAGGAAUCAUAGCAUCUCUCAGAUAAAGAGCUCUGAGUCACCAACUACAAAGAUGUCAGAAGUUCCAGUCGUUGGACCUACAGAUCUGACUCAAUUUGGAUCUCAAGACAGCUCUUCUUAUUUUCUACCCUCAGCUUCUACUUACAGGUUUAAGGCAAAAAUUCCAAUGCCCCAAGAAGACAGUCAUUCCUUACGAGUACCCAAAAUAAAUAAGCUUUCUUUAGCCGUGCUACCCUUGGGGGUAAUCAGAAAUCAAGGAAAGGCUGGCUUCCUGGGGAUAAGUGCCACGAAGUCAGCUGCAUACAAGAAAUGGGAGGACACUGUUCUCUUGAAACCAGUCUUACCUGAAACAUUAGGCAAAGUUGAAUUUCUUCCUAAAGUUCCCAUUCAUCAAGAAGACCUCCUACUUACAGAAACUACCCAUGAGUCUCCUGUUCACCUGGAUCUUAGGGAAAAUAUUCUUCUUCAGAAAAUAGUAGGCACUAUAAAAUGGAAGAAGAAAAAUGGACCUAGGAAAGCACUCUUUCUGAAAGGUGCAACAGAAAGCUCUGAAGAGAUGAAAUCCAAGCUGCUGGAUCCUCUCACUCUAGGGAAUCAAUAUGCUACUCAGAUACCAAAAGAUAAGUGGAAAUCCCAAGAGAAGUUACCAGAAAAUAUGCUUUUAAAGAUGAAGGACACCAUUUUGCCUCUGAACCCUUGUGAAAGCAAUUCUACAGUAGUAGAAAUUAAUGAUGGGCCAAAUAGGGUCCAAAGAGAAGCCACUUGGGAAAACGGCUGGACUGGAAAAUCAUGCCCUCUAAACCCACUUACCUUGAAGCGUCAUCCAAGGGAAAUAACCCCUACUACUCUUCAGUCAGAAGAAGAGGACAUUUACUAUGAUAUUAUCUCAAGUGAAACCAAGAGAGAAGAUUUUGAGAUUUAUGAUGAGGUUGAAAACCAGGGUCCCCGAAGCUUUCAAAAGAGAACACGACACUAUUUUAUUGCAGCAGUGGAGCGGCUCUGGGACUAUGGGAUGAGUAGGGUCCCCAGUGCCCUAAGAAACAGGGAUCACAGUGGCGGUGCCAAUCAGUUCAAGAAAGUAGUUUUCCAGGAAUUCACCGAUGGUUCUUUCUCUCAACCUUUAUACCGUGGAGAAUUAAAUGAGCACUUGGGACUCUUGGGACCAUACAUAAGAGCAGAAGUUGAAGAUAAUAUUGUGGUAACUUUCAAAAACCAGGCCUCUCGUCCCUAUUCGUUCUAUUCUAGCCUCAUUUCUUACAAUGAAGAUCAGAAACAAGAAGCUAAACCUAGAAAAAACUUUGUCAAGCCUAAUGAAACCAAAACUUACUUUUGGCAAGUGCAGCAAUAUAUGGCCCCCACUGAAGAUGAAUUUGACUGCAAAGCCUGGGCCUAUUUCUCUGAUGUUGAUCUGGAAAAAGAUAUGCACUCAGGCUUGAUCGGACCCCUUCUGAUCUGCCACCGGAACACACUGAGCCCUGCUCAUGGAAGACAAGUGACAGUGCAGGAAUUUGCUCUGCUUUUCACUAUCUUUGAUGAGACCAAGAGCUGGUACUUUAAUGAAAACAUGGAAAGGAAUUGCAAGGCCCCCUGCAGUAGCCAGAUAGACGACCGUACUUUUAAAGAGAAUUAUCGUUUCUAUGCAAUCAAUGGCUAUGUGAUGGACACCCUUCCUGGCUUAGUAAUGGCACAGGAGCAAAGGACUCGAUGGUAUUUGCUCAGUAUGGGCAGCAAUGAGAACAUCCAUUCGAUUCAUUUUAGUGGACAUGUGUUCACCGUGCGGAAGAAAGAAGAACAUAAAAUGGCAGUUUACAACCUCUAUCCAGGUUCCUUUGAGACCAUGGAAAUGCUGCCGUCCAGAGCGGGGCUUUGGCGGGUGGAAUGCCUCAUGGGCGAGCAACUGAAUGCUGGGAUGAGCACUCUUUUCCUGGUGUACAGCAAGCAGUGUCAGAUUCCCCUGGGAAUGGCUUCUGGACACAUUAGAGAUUUUCAGAUUACAGCUUCAGGACAAUAUGGACAGUGGGCCCCAAAGCUGGCCAGACUUCAUUACUCUGGAAUGAUCAAUGCCUGGAGCACCAAAGAUCCUUUUUCCUGGAUCAAGGUGGAUCUGUUGGCACCAAUGAUUAUUCAUGGCAUCAAAACCCAGGGUGCCAGUCAGAAGUUCUCCAGCCUCUACAUCUCUCAGUUUAUCAUCAUGUAUAGUCUCGAAGGGAAGAAGUGGCUGACCUAUCGAGGGAAUUCCACUGGGACCUUAAUGGUCUUCUUUGGCAAUGUAGAUUCAUCUGGAAUAAAACACAAUGUUUUCAAUCCUCCAAUUAUUGCACGGUACAUCCGUUUGCACCCAACUCAUUACAACAUCCGCAGCACUCUUCGCAUGGAGCUGAUAGGCUGUGACCUAAACAGUUGCAGCAUGCCACUGGGAAUGGAGAGUAAGUUAAUCUCAGAUGCACAGAUCACUGCCUCAUCCCACCUCACUAAUAAGUUUGCUACCUGGUCUCCGUCCCAAGCACGACUUCAUCUCCAGGGGAGGACGAAUGCGUGGAGACCUCAGGAGAAUAAUCCUCAAGAGUGGCUGCAAGUGGACUUCCGGAAGACAACAAAAGUCACCGGAGUAAUUACCCAGGGAGUGAAGUCUCUCCUGACCAGCAUGUUUGUGAAGGACUUCCUCAUCUCCAGCAGCCAAGAUGGCCAUCACUGGACUUUCUUUUUACAAAAUGGCAAGAUAAAGGUUUUUCAGGGAAAUCAAGACUCCUUCACGCCUGUGGUGAACUCUCUAGACACACCAGUAGUGACUCGCUACCUUAGAAUUCACCCCCAGAGCUGGGCACGCCAGAUCGCCCUAAGGCUGGAAGUUCUGGGCUGUGAGGCCCAGCAGCUCUACUGAGGGGCUGCCACACUUUCCUGUUCAACUUCGGACGUUCCUUGACCUGAGGCCUUCCCUCUGAGGCCUUCCCUCUGAGGCCUCUGGGUUGCAUACUGCCCCACACUACCUAGAGCACUGUCCUUUUUUAUGAAUUUAAGCUGUAUACUGCCUUGAAACCUCGCAAAUCAUUAAUCAUGCAUUUCCUGAAAAGUUAGGACUCACACAGCCACCACUUCCUCUACUGUGAAAAAAUGGUCUGUCGAAAGCUGCCAGAAGAUAUUCAUGAUGUAAGCACUUCUGAUUAAGCGUCAUAUGCCUGAAGUAAGAUUCUGACUUGGUUGCUCUCCUGGUCAAGCACGGAACCAAACGGGUUUGUGAUCCCAGCCACACACCCUUAAAAUCAAAAGACAAGUUAUUUUCACAGUCUGCAAAAUGGGGAUAAGAGUUACUACAUUAAAGUCUAUUUGAUUAAAUUUAGUAUCAGAACAAUGUAUAAAUAAAGCCAUUCUGUCUUAAUUCUUCUUUUAAUUUUUAAAAACAAUUUGUGUUCGAUAUCACUUUGGGUUCUUGUCUGAAUUCUAAUCAACAAAAACAGGGUAAGAAUAUAGAACUAUUGGGAACCCUGGAGUAAAUGAAUAUCUCUUUUAAGUUUGUGAUGACCAAGAAAAUUAAAGGAAAUAAUGGGGUUCUAAAAACAUAUUUUAAGAUUUCUGUGGAAAAAAUGAGGGAAAACCAUUGUUCAAAUAACACAAUAACAAAAUGGAAAAUUGUUGCUAAAAUAAUGGAACAACAGUAUAAUAGAAAAUUUUAUUUCAUGACUGAAAACUAC